GGGGUUUUCCGGUUGGUGCCCAGACCCGCCCAGCUCGCGGGUCGGACCCCGGAGAAGUGGAGGCGGUCAGAGCCUCGUCCGGCUGCGGCUUGCGGGGAAGGGCUUGUUGUUUUCCGGAUCCUGGGGUCUGGAGGCGGUGAAAUGUGUUAUCUACAAAAGUGGAUUAAUUUCCAUGUUAAAUGAAAAUGGCCAAUUCUUUAAGAGGAGAAGUAUUGAACCUGUACAAAAAUCUGCUGUAUCUUGGACGGGACUAUCCAAAAGGAGCAGAGUAUUUUAAAAGGCGUUUGAAGAAUGUUUUCCUUAAAAACAAAGAUGUGAAGGACCCAGAGAAGAUCAGAGAACUUAUUGAACGAGGCGAAUUUGUAAUGAAAGAGCUAGAAGCCUUAUACUUCCUUAGGAAAUACAGAGCUAUGAAGCAACGCUAUUAUUCAGAUGUCAACAAAACUAACUGAUCAUUAUUAUUAUAGGUUGGCUGAAAAUCAGUGCCAGCUGUCUAUAUCAAAUAUUGUGAAAUAAACCUAAAAAUGGCAACACAUAUGUAAAAAUAUCUGAGCUGUCUUACUGAACUAAAAUAACUUUCAAGCUUUACUGAUAUUAAGAGCUUUGGCCACAAUUUGGUGCUCAAUUUUUAUUACUAAAAUAGCUGUGCUACCAAUUGUAACUGAGUACUCAAUAUAAUACACUUAAUUCUCCAUUUUACUGAGAGAACACCAUUUAGUAAGCAAAAUAAUUUCUUACACAUUUAUUGCUCUUAACUUUUGAAGUACUUUUAUUUUUGACCCAAUCUGGUACACUGACGGACAUGUUCAAGGUCUGUUACAAAACAGACCCUAGUAAUAAUUUAAAUGCAAUUCUAGAAAUAUGAAGAUUAUGUCAGACCUUAAAAUAGCCUGACAAUGAUUGGCAUUAUAUAACUUCUGUUAUUUCCAUUCAUUUUGCUGCUGGCUCCUCCUGAGUCUUAAAACAGAUCACCAUUUAUAUAUAGGUUGUUUUCUUCCAUAAAAAAUAAUAUUACUUUACUUUUAUUGUCAUAAAAGCAACUUGUUUUGGAUCUACUUCUAUGGGUUAACGUGACAAUGGACCGAAUCCUAACAGGAUUUUAAGUUUAAAUAAACACUUAAGCCUUUUUAUAAUAUGCUUGGUAACUUUUAAAAAUAAAGAAUAUUUCUAACUUAA